AUGGCCGAGCCCUCCAGGGUGAUCCACAUCCGGAACGUCGGGCAUGAGAUCUCCGAGACCGACCUGCUCCAGGUGGUGCAGCCGUUUGGAGCGGUCGCCAAGCUCGUCAUGCUGCGCACCAAGAACCAGGCCCUUGUCCAGAUGGAGGACCUGUCUGCUUCAAUUAGCGCCAUCCAAUACUACACUACGAUUCAACCUAGCGUGAGGGGAAGAAACGUAUACUUGCAGUACUCAUCUCACCAGGAACUGACUACUGAUCAGAGCUCUCAUGGACGGAAUCCUGAUCAGGAUGAACCCAACCGAAUUCUCUUAGUUACCGUUCAUCAUAUGCUCUAUCCUAUGACCGUCGAGGUGCUUCAUCAAGUGUUUUCUCCUUAUGGAUUUGUGGAGAAGAUUGUCACAUUUCAAAAGACUGCUGGUUUUCAAGCCCUUAUACAGUUUCAGUCACGCCAGAGUGCAAUACAAGCAGCUGGUGCUUUGCAUGGACGGAACAUUUAUGAUGGUUGCUGCCAGCUAGAUAUUCAGUACUCAAAUCUCAGCGAGUUGCAAGUUCACUACAACAAUGAUAGAUCUAGAGAUUUCACAAAUCCAUCUUUGCCCACAGAGCAACGCCCAAGAUCCUCUCAGCUUGGUUAUAAUGAUCCUAGCCUUUUUGGUUUCCAACAGCCUGGAGCUGCAUAUGGACAGGCUGCAGUGAUUGCUGCUGCAUUUGGCGGAACAUUGCCUCCUGGAGUGACUGGUACCAAUGAUCGCUGCACACUUAUAGUUAGCAACUUGAACAGUGAUAAAGUCGAUGCGGAUAAGCUCUUCAAUCUAUUUUCUAUUUAUGGAAAUAUAGUGAGAAUCAAGGUACUCCGCAACAAGCCAGACCAUGCCCUUGUCCAGAUGGCUGAUGGGCUUCAGGCUGAGCUUGCUAUACACUAUUUAAAGGGAGCAAUGUUACUUGGGCAGAAACUGGAAGUGAACUUCUCUAAGUACCCGAGCAUUACCCCUGCUCCUGAUGCACAUGACUACUCAACCUCCAAUCUUAACCGGUUCAACAGUAAUGUGGCUAAGAACUACCGCCAUUGCUGUGCUCCAACCAAGAUCAUCCACAUCUCAGCGCUUUCACCAGAGAUAUCCGAGGACACGAUCCUUGAACACCUAGGUGAGCAUGGCACCAUCGUCAAGUCAAAGCUGUUUGAGGCGAGUGGCAAGACGCAGGCUCUUGUGCAGUUUGAGAGCGAGGAAGAGGCGACCGAAGCGCUGGUCUGCACACUAGUUGUACAACACCGGUGCAUCGAAGUUAACACUUUGGAUCAGUCAGCAAACGCAGAGAAAAACAACAUGUGUCACAUAACAGUAUUCCAGGGCAUCGGUACGAUACUUCCGUCCAGCUUGGUCAUCACGUUCCCGUAUCCAACCUUGACAUUUUACACGCGGAUGCUCUGGCUCUUCCUUGGGAUGGGAUCUAGCGAUGCAAUUACUUGUGGCAUGGUCAUUCCUCCAGAAACGAUAAUUUCUGUAGGAUCAAAUGAUUUCAGGGAAGGUUCAUUAUCAGCUCACAGCUCUAGCCAGCAAGAAACAAAAACGGGGAGAAGCCUGUAA